AGAUGAGCUGCUAUACACAGAAAUUUCUUCAUCCCCUUUGCCUCUUAUAUCAAAAACUUUUGGGGAUGAUAUCUCCAGAUGUCUCCAUGAGAUAACUGCCUCUGACCAGGUCUGGACUCUUUCAGGUCACAUAUCUGGGCCUGCAGAUGUGUUUUGUACGAAGGAUGCCCAAUACUUGUAUAUCAACUCAAGAUUUGUGAAUAGGAACCCAAUUCAUAAUAUGCUUAAUAAUCUGGCAUCUAGUUUUCGAUCUCCCAUUACAAGGGGGUAUGCAGAAAUUGAUGUUCAGAGCAGGAAGAGGCAGAAGGCUGAUAUCUACCCUGCUUUUAUACUAAACUUUUACUGCCCUAGAUCCACCUACGAUCUACAUUUUGAGCCUACAAAAACCAUUGUGGAAUUCAAGGAUUGGCGAACUGUCUUGCUUUUCUUUGAGCAAUCUGUCACAAACUACUGGAAGAAGCAUCAACUGCAAUCACCAAAAGUGAAAUUGAAUAAGGGCCUCCUGAAGGAUCAUAAUGUGCAGAACGAAAAAGAGUAUGCUCACUUCGAAAGCACUCAGCAGACGAAUGCAGUCAAAGACACCAACAGUGAUAUGAGUUCCACAAGAGCAACAAGAAAUUCACACUGCUUUUCUUUUGUUAUGGAGCCAUCCAUUCAGAAUGUCUGUUUCUCUGGAAGGAUCACUAAUUCAUGCCGCCCGGAUGACAAUGUUGCCAGUAUUGAUUACAAGUUAGGGUAUAAGCAAAUGCAUUAUCCUGAAAAUGGCAGUUAUAAGUGGUUAGACGAUGGCCCUUCCCAUUUAAAUGAUGAUAUCUCAAGUGUUAACCCAACUUGUUGGAAAAGGCAAAGGACUGAAGGUAUAUUCCAUGAGUAUGCAUAUUCUGGUAAUCUUGUAAUGCUGGAAGAUGUGCCAACUGAAGGUUAUUUUGCUCACGAACAAGAGACUGAGCUGAUUGGUCCAGAAGUUGAAAUACCAGAAUCUUGCUUCAGGGCUCUCAAUAAGCCAAAUGGAAUGACACCCGAUUUUGUGCAAAAUAAAACCAACUUGAAGGCACAAACCUCAGGCUGGGAUGGAUUAUAUGACAAGUUUGAAAAGUUAAAUGGGGAUUGCUUACUCGAUAAUGGAUUUUAUCAUGAUGGUGGUAGCACUUCCAAGGGCACCUGUCGAGUUUUGAGAAAGUCCAGCACCAGUAAGAAGUUGGGGACUGCAGCUGGAUGUGUUGAAGGGCUAGAGGCUGAUGCUAUUAACCAGAUGAAUUUCCCUGAUAUUCAUGCUCUAUGGAACAGUGACUUGAUAGAUAGGUCGUCCUUCAAGGAUACUUUAAAUCAUUUUUCUCACCCAUCCUUGUUGGCUGAUACACCUUGCAGUCAUCCAAGGACCUUGCACACCCUUAACAGGACAUCAGAUAAAUGCUUUCGUUCUUGGAACUAUGAAAACAUUGACAGCAAUGUUAGAUUUAGCAAUGAUUCAUCUAUUAUAUUUGAAGGAACUAAAAAUUUUGAUAACUUUAACAAUGAAAUACAGUCGCUUAAUUACUUCAAUGAUAAGUGUGGUUCAACCGACCAGCUUGGUUUUGAAGAAGACCUGACAACUUGGAAAUCAAAAUUUGACAUGAGGUUGUCAGUCAAUAUUUCUCCUGAGACAGCAGGUGAUAAUGGUUGUCAUUUGAAUGUUCCUUCUUUGAAUAUUGCAAAUGACAACCUGUUUACUCAAGAUCUGUUGAAUCAACACAACUCUGGACUAAAUCAGAGACUCAGGACUUCGAAGUGUAGUAGAUUUAGAAGUCAUUCUGCUCCACCAUUUUAUAGAGGGAAACUGAAAUUCUCUAGAUUAAAUGUGCCACUGAGCAAACCAAGCACAGAUAGCGAUAAAGAUAUCUGCGUCAAUAACCCGGAAGACAAUGCACCUGGACCUGUGGAUAUCCCAUGUAUUAGUUCAACCCAGCCUAUUCCUGAGACUGAUAGCAGUGAAUUUCCAGACCUAAAUUUUAGUUCUGUGAAAAUGUCUGAAGUUGCAUGUUCUGAUGAGAUCGAGGACUCCACUGCUCAAAUAACUAAAUGGCAAGAUGACCCUGUCCAGCAUACAGCUUUGAACUUGCCACAUGGUCCUUUUGGAUGCUAUGAUGAUAUACUUAGCAUUUCUUCUGGGGCCUUACAUCUCUCUUGUAGCUCGCUAAUUCCUGAAUGCGUUGACAAGAACUGCUUUGAGGAGGCAAGGGUUUUGUUGCAGCUGGACAAGAAAUUUAUUCCCGUCAUAUCUGGGGAAACUAUCCUCCUUGUCGAUCAGCAUGCAGCUGAUGAAAGGAUACGUUUAGAGGAGCUCCGUAGCAAGGUUUUAUCAGAAGGACAUGGAGUUAGUUACUUGGACUCUGAGGAGGAAUUGUCUCUCCCUGAGACUGGGUUUCAACUGUUCCAGAAGUAUGCUGAGCAGAUUCAGAAAUGGGGCUGGAUCAUCAGCGGCGGGAGCAAUUCAUCUGAAUCAUUCAAAAAGAACAUGAACAUUCUGAAGAGACAAGUCCGUCUUGUCACUCUUGUUGCUGUUCCAUGUAUUUUCGGUGUCAAAUUGACUGGGAAAGAUCUCAUGGAGUUUAUUUGGCAGCUUGACGAGACUGAUGGAUCGUCAGAUAUGCCCCCAGCAGUUCUCCGUAUUCUGAACUUCAAAGCAUGCAGAGGAGCGAUCAUGUUUGGCGACCCCUUGCUACCAUCUGAGUGCUGUCUGAUUAUUGAAGAACUGAAAGCAACAUCUCUAUGCUUCCAGUGUGCUCAUGGUCGCCCAACCACUGUCCCCAUCUUGAACAUCGCAUCCCUCCACGAUGAGCUGGCGAGGCUCCAAAUGCUGAGUGGAAGGAAGGCAGAGACCUGGCACGGCUUGGGGCACCAUGAGCCCAGCCUUGAGCGUGCUCACAUGCGCCUCGAACGACUGAGAAAGCUACGCCGAGGCCUGUAGCCAUAGUGGUUUGAAUCAGAUAAAAGGGUGUGUGUUUCGUAUAGUUUGUAGAGAAGCGAGUGAAAUCUCAGUGUGCUCUAUAAUUGUACAUAUACUAGAUAUUCAUUCAUGACAAAGAGGUAAAACGGCGCCCAUCACCGUCACCUGACAGGCGAGCGGGGUUUUCCACGGCAUGUUGUAAAGUUUGUACAUUCUGGUUGCCAUGAAAAUCUAUGUAAAAUUCAAUUCAACCGUG